CGUCAAUUAAAAUACAAAGUGGCCACAAGUUUCGAUAGUAAAAUCUAUUAUAUCCACUGUCAGCAACCGCCGCGCAUACUGUGCGAAACAGAUUCGCUUCAACAACAACACUCCAUACAGCAGCAACAAUCACUGGAAGCAAAUAAUACAAAGCAUCCACACAUCGCUCAGCACUCUGACUCGCAGACGAGCAGAAGCGAACAAUCAGGUGGCGGUAGUAGCAGCACGCCACCACCAGCACUACCACACUCGCCUACAGAGGCAGUUACACGCUUGCAAAAUCCACAGGAGUCUAUAGAUACAAGUGCUCAAGAGGAUGACGAGGAAGAGGAGGACACCUCAAUGAUGUCCGAUAAUGAAACAUUCCUCCGUCUGUUGGAGGAGCAAGAGAAAAUUUCCUUCAUGUUUCGCUGUGCGCGCAUUCAGGGUUUGGACACCUUUGAGGGCCUGCUGCUCUUCGGCAAGGAGCACUGCUAUAUUGUCGACGGCUUCACGCUGCUGAAGAAUCGCGAAAUACGCGACAUUGAUACAUUGCCACCAGGUGCAUAUGAGCCGAUUAUACCGAAUUCGGGUGGACCUACGCGCACGCAGAAGGCUCGCCAGUGCUCAAAAUUCGCCUAUGAAGAAAUUAGAGAGGUGCAUAAACGCCGCUAUCUGCUGCAGCCAAUAGCCUUGGAGGUAUUCUCGGAGGAUGGACGCAAUUAUUUGUUGAGUUUCCCGCGGAAAGUGAGGAAUAAGGUCUAUCAACGUUUCAUGGCACAGGCGACAGCCAUCAAUGACAACGCACAGCAGUCGGUGGCAGGCCAGAAGCGAACAGCAAGUGUGGAGCAAACCUCGGGCAUUUUUAGCAGUUUGAUUGGCGAAACAUCAGUCACGCAACGUUGGGUGCGCGGUGAAAUCUCCAACUUCCAAUACUUAAUGCAUUUGAAUACGCUGGCUGGCCGUUCGUAUAAUGAUCUCAUGCAAUAUCCAGUCUUCCCCUGGAUAGUCGCCGACUACGAAUCGGAAGAGCUAGAUUUGUCAAACCCAAAGACAUUCCGUGACUUCUCGAAGCCGAUGGGCGCGCAAUCAGAGGAGCGCCUAGAGCAAUUCCAGAAACGUUUUAAGGAGUGGGAUGAUCCACAUGGCGAGACGCCUCCCUACCACUAUGGCACGCACUACAGCUCUGCCAUGAUUGUUUGCUCGUAUCUGGUGCGUUUGGAACCAUUCACACAACACUUUUUGCGUCUGCAAGGCGGCCAUUUCGAUUUAGCUGAUCGCAUGUUUCAUAGUAUCAGAGAAGCGUGGCAAUCCGCAUCCAAAUUCAAUAUGGCUGAUGUAAAGGAGUUGAUACCGGAAUUUUUCUAUCUUCCGGAAUUUUUGAGCAACGGCAAUAAUUUUGACUUGGGCACAAAACAAAACAGCGAUACGCUGAAUCAUGUCAUCCUACCACCUUGGGCUAAGCAGGAUCCACGUGAAUUUAUACGCGUUCAUCGGAGUGCUUUAGAGUGUGAUUAUGUUAGCCAAAAUCUGCAUUUGUGGAUAGACUUAAUAUUUGGGUGCAAGCAACAAGGUCCCGCUGCCGUGGAUGCAGUGAAUGUUUUCCACCAUUUAUUUUACGAAGGCAAUGUAGACAUUUACAACAUCGACGAUCCGCUGAAGAAGAACGCCACCAUCGGCUUCAUCAACAAUUUUGGCCAGAUCCCCAAACAGCUCUUCAAGAAAGCACAUCCUGCUAAGAAAAUGUCCAAUUCACGGCAUUCCGCGCUAAUCGAUCCGGGCGCUUUAAUACAGGGUAACACCACCGUUUUACAAUCGGAACGUUUGUUCUUCCAUAACUUAAAUAAUCUUAAACCGAGCCUCCAGCCAAUCAAGGAACUGAAGGGACCUGUUGGUCAGAUAUUGCAACCAGAUAAGACUGUGUUUGCCGUCGAGCAGAAUAAGGUAAUGAUGCCACCCUCCUAUACGAAAUAUAUCGCCUGGGGCUUUGCCGAUCACUCGCUCCGCAUUGGUCUGUACGACUCCGAUCGUGCUUCCUUUGUUUCCGAGGCCGCUGCACAAAACUCGGGUGAAAUACUCUGUUGCGCUUGUCCCAAUGGCAAAAUGAUUGUGACUGCCGGCACUAGUUCAGUUGUGACGAUAUGGAAAUUCGAUGCGAAUCGCAAGAGUCUCACCGUACGCAACUCCUUGCACGGGCACACUGAUGCCGUCACUUGCUUGGCAGCAAGCGCUGCAUACAAUGUAAUCAUAUCGGGCUCGCGCGAUGGCACCGCGAUCGUUUGGGACAUGUCGCGCUUCACAUUCGUACGGCAGUUGCGCGGCCAUGCGGGUGUUGUUGCCGCCGUGGCCAUCAAUGAUCUUACGGGCGAUAUCGCGACAUGUUCGGCAACUUGGCUGCACGUUUGGUCAAUCAACGGCGAUCCGCUGGCGAUGGUGAAUACGUGCGUAGGUAGCGCCGAUCGCAUGCAGCAAAUAUUAUGUGUUUCCUUCUCGCAAAUACGUGAAUGGGAUCAGGAAAAUGUG